AUGAAUGACUGUAAAACUACACUUCCAAAAGACUGGAACAUCCAAAAUUUAAAAAUUAUUGAGUUUCGAAGAGGUAAACUCUCCAUGUUUGCCAAAAAUGAUUACAAUGGGGAAUUUAAAGAACUACAUAUUUUAAAGAAAAAGGUUGAAAGAGAUUUAAGAAAGAAAAUGGGUGAAGAGCUAGAUCUUAUAAAUAUGAUAGAAAGAGAAAAAAAGCCAAGAGGUGUGAAUGAAGUUAAAAAAAAGGAAUUACUAACACUUGCAAAAUCUAUGCCUGUAUCGCGGCGAACUUUUUAUGAAGCCCUUGAGGAGUCAGAUGCGCCUGAUCUCGAUAUACAUAUUGAUUCUGAUUUGUAA